UUCCGCGUUGGCCCCGCCGGCUGCUCCCGCCCAUCCCGGGCACCGCGGGCACUUGUGGCGCCAAAGGCUCCCGGCGCAGAUCGGCAGUAUCUCUUUGGAACGCGUCUCGGGUAGUUCAGGCUUCUCGAUCGCUUCAUAAAGGAGCGUUACGUCGAUCUUGACAGUGAUAGAGGAUGACACAGAAGAAAAUUCCAAUGAUGGCAGCCAGCCGUCCAAAAGACGGCGUAUGGGCUCAGGGGACAGUUCUCGGAGCUGUGAAACUUCCAGCCAAGACCUUGGGUAUAGUUAUUUUCCUGCUGAAAAUUUGAUAGAAUACAAAUGGCCACCUGAUGAAACAGGAGAAUACUAUAUGCUUCAGGAGCAAGUCAGUGAAUAUUUGGGUGUGACUUCCUUUAAAAGAAAAUAUCCAGAUUUAGAAAGGCGAGAUUUAUCUCACAAGGAGAAACUCUACCUCAGAGAACUAAAUGUUAUCACAGAGACUCAGUGCACACUAGGUCUAACAGCUUUGCGUAGUGAUGAAGUAAUUGAUCUUAUGAUUAAAGAAUACCCUGCCAAACAUGCUGAGUAUUCUGUUAUACUGCAAGAGAAAGAACGGCAGCGAAUAACAGAUCAUUACAAGGAGUACUCUCAAAUGCAGCAGCAGAACACACAGAAAGUAGAAGCCAGCAAAGUUCCAGAAUAUAUUAAAAAGGCUGCCAAGAAAGCUGCAGAAUUCAACAGCAAUUUAAACCGAGAGCGGAUGGAAGAAAGAAGAGCCUAUUUUGAUUUACAGACACAUAUUAUCCAGGUGCCUCAAGGAAAAUACAAGGUCUUGCCUACAGAGAGAACAAAGGUUAGUCCUUAUCCAGUGGCUCUCAUACCCGGCCAGUUCCAGGAGUACUACAAAAGAUAUUCUCCAGAUGAACUUCGUUAUCUGCCGUUAAACACAGCUCUUUAUGAACCUCCUUUGGAUCCGGAGCUGCUUACACUGGACAGUGAUGGAGAUUCAGAUGAUGCAGAGGAAGGACGAGGUGAUGAAAAAAGGAAAACCAAAGGCAAUUCGCCAAAGGUCAUUCCAAAUGCUAUAUGUGGAAUUUGUCUGAAGGGUAAGGAGUCCAACAAGAAAGGAAAACCUGAAGCUCUUAUACAUUGCUCCCAGUGUGACAACAGUGGCCACCCUUCUUGCCUUGAUAUGACCCCGGAGCUUGUUGCUAUGAUUAAGACUUACCCUUGGCAGUGUAUGGAGUGUAAAACAUGCAUUAUAUGUGGGCAGCCUCACCAUGAAGAAGAAAUGAUGUUCUGUGAUGUAUGUGACCGUGGUUAUCACACUUUUUGUGUGGGGCUUGAUGCUAUCCCUUCAGGUCGCUGGAUUUGUGAUUGUUGUCAGAAAGACCCUCCUGUACCCAGAAGAGGAGGAAGAAGGGGGAAAAACAGCAAGGAGGGCUAAAAAAGCCCUAAAAACUUGCUGUCCAAAACUUAACUGCACAAAUUAAAGUGAUACUCUGGUGCUAUUUAAUCAACCACUCUAUAAGAGGAGCAAUACCACUUUUUUUUUUUUUUUCCUUUUUAUUAAAUAAACUUUGUCUAUAUAUUGAUUUUUUUGUGAUACAAGUCACUAAUGUCCUGUCAGGUGUUGAGAGAGGCAAGCCAAAUUUCCACUCAGAAAAGUCUUUCAGUAAUGAAAUUUAAAUUAUACGUGCAUUUGUAUAAAAUUAUAGUAACAUACUUGUUUAUUUCAGUGCAUUCAUCAGUAAGCUCUGUAAAAAGAAAAUUACAGAGCAAUUUAUAUGUACUUUAUUUGCAUAGCAACUGGUUAUUCUGACAGACUCAGCCAAAGCAAAAAGUAUUCCUGUUAGGAAGAGUGGGCAUGAGAUGACCUUCUAACAAUGUACUGCAAAUCCCUUUCAGCAGAAAUUUUCCUUGCAAGCUGAUGAUUUAUAUAUAUGUGCUUGGAAAAAAACCAAAAAACAAUCACAAAAAGCUAUCAAGGGAAGUGUAAGAAAGCACCUCUCAAGUUUGAGAUACCUAAGUGCUGUGUUGUUUGUAAUGGGAGACGAAAAUGUCAUAUUGAUGAGCAGCAACAACUGAAGGCUCCCUCUCCCUGCAGUAAUAGCAAAGAAGCAACAUGCACUUGAUUCAGGUCAUGGAUUUGUAGUGGUGAUGAGUGACUGGACCAACCUCCGUUUGACAGGUGGCUGAUGUGAUGUUGAGCACACACAGUCAAAAUACAGAACAUCUAUUCCCUUAGGUGAUUAUUUUCUCCUUCCUUCACCCUAAGCUCCCUCAACUUCAUGAAUACGCUCAAACACGCUGCUGACCAGUUUUACUGGAGAUGCUUGCUCAGAAAAGAAGCGGGUUUUAUUUUUAAAUAUGCUCUAAAUUGAGAGGGGGACUGAAGUGCAGUAGUUUUUUCAUUUUUCUUUAUAAAAAACAAUAGAAAAUACUGAAUUGGAAUUGAUUUUCCUAAGCACCUAUUUUAAGUGAAUUUAACAAGAUCCAAACUAUACAUUCAUUUUUAAGCCCUGAUCUCUGAAGAGCACUGCAAAUACUGUGCUGGCUGUUCAUUUUACAUAUUGGGAAAGGUUUACAAUAAAAAAUUAAGUAUGGCUU